AUGGAAGAAGCAGCUGCUGCCGCUGCAGGGUCGCGCUGCGCCCCAUCCACCGCCGCCAGAGAGAUGGGAAGGUUCGGGGCGCGGAGGCCGAGACCGGCUUCGCCCCCCAAAGCACACACCCGCCUGGACCCCCGUACGCCGUACCGCCCUCCCGCCGCCGCCGCCGCCGCCGCCGCCGUCGUUGGGGCGGCCCCCGCCGCCGCAGCAGAGGCGGCGGGGGCCGUAGCCCCUCCCCGCAAUGGCAGUCGGGGCACCGGGGGUAGCGGAGAGAAGCGGCAGUUGGUGUAUGUGUUCACCACGUGGCGCUCGGGCUCCUCUUUCUUCGGUGAGCUCUUCAACCAGAACCCCGAGGUGUUCUUUCUGUAUGAGCCAGUGUGGCACGUGUGGCAAAAACUGUACCCAGGGGACGCUGUUUCCCUGCAAGGGGCUGCGCGGGACAUGCUGAGCGCUCUGUAUCGCUGCGACCUCUCCGUCUUCCAGCUGUACAGCCCCGCGGGCAGCGGGGGGCGCAACCUCACCACGCUGGGCAUUUUUGGUGCGGCCACCAACAAAGUGGUGUGCUCCUCGCCACUCUGCCCCGCCUACCGCAAGGAGGUCGUGGGGCUGGUGGACGAUCGUGUGUGCAAGAAGUGCCCACCGCAGCGCCUGGCGCGCUUUGAGGAGGAGUGCCGCAAGUAUCGCACGCUGGUCAUCAAGGGCGUGCGUGUCUUCGACGUGGCCGUGUUGGCACCGCUGCUGCGCGACCCUGCCCUGGACCUCAAGGUCAUCCACCUAGUGCGCGAUCCUCGUGCUGUAGCCAGCUCACGCAUCCGCUCGCGCCACGGUCUCAUCCGCGAGAGCCUGCAGGUGGUGCGCAGCCGGGACCCGAGAGCCCACCGCAUGCCGUUCCUGGAGGCCGCUGGCCACAAGCUCGGUGUCAAGAAGGAGGGUGUGGGCGGCCCGGCAGACUACCACGCGCUUGGCGCUAUGGAGGUCAUCUGCAACAGCAUGGCCAAGACACUGCAGACGGCCCUGCAGCCCCCGGACUGGCUGCAAGGCCACUACCUGGUGGUGCGGUACGAGGACCUGGUGGGAGACCCCGUCAAGACCCUACGGAGGGUGUACGACUUUGUGGGGCUGCUAGUGAGCCCCGAAAUGGAACAGUUUGCCCUCAACAUGACCAGUGGCUCAGGCUCCUCCUCUAAGCCUUUUGUGGUGUCCGCUCGCAACGCCACGCAGGCCGCCAACGCCUGGCGGACGGCCCUCACCUUCCAGCAGAUCAAACAGGUGGAGGAGUUUUGCUACCAGCCCAUGGCCGUGCUGGGCUAUGAGCGGGUCAAUAGCCCCGAAGAGGUCAAAGACCUCAGUAAGACCCUGCUCCGGAAGCCCCGGCUCUGA